AGAGAGAGAGAGAGCGUACCCUUUUAGACCCAACCAAUGAGACGGUCGAUACACUAAGAUUUUCAUAGUUGUGCAGGAGCACAAAGUGAGCUGACUGUGUGAACUUCCAGGUAAAACUACAGACCGUCUCAAGGUCUUCUCCUCUUUAAGCCCUAGAGGCCGCUCCUCCAGGCUUUGAUGCACACACUCUUUGAAGCAGGUGGACAGACACAGGCAUGAGUAACAGUGGGACCAAAGAGCCGUCUCCCCAGCCGAGCACUGCCCAGCCACCUCCUGAGCCUCAGCGCAGGGGCAGGGGUCGGCCACGGAAACAGCAGCAGGAGCCUGUUGGGCCGCCGACUCCAAAGCGACCGAGAGGUCGACCGAAAGGCAGCAAGAACAAAGGCCCCAAAACUGCACUGAAGAAAGUAGAGCACGUUGGGGAGAGACGACCACGUGGGCGGCCAAGGAAAUGGCCCCAGAAAGUAGUUCAAGUAGCUGAAGAGCAGCAGGGCUCUUCAGAAGAGGAGGAUCCCUCGCAGCUCGAGCCCUCGACAUCUCAGGUCCCACCGCAGGAGGAAGGGGAGUAGAUAGGAUGCCUCUCUAUCUACCUCAAGGUUUGACCUCAUACAAACAGGGGUACUGUCUGACCCCUCUCUGUGAUGGGGAUUCAGGAACACAAAAACACACAAAAUCAAAUCAUGGCAGACAGUGGUUUCUUCUCCCAAUCUGAUACUGUACCCUGGUUUUAUUGGUUCACUGUAAGAGUUUGGUGAACAAACUCUGUUUUAACAUUGAAUAAUUUGAUCUUUGGACAUGGCUGUUUUUUAAGCUAAUAGUUUGACAUUUUGGGAAAUACGCUUAUUCACUUAACGGUCGAGAGUUGCAUGAGAAGGUUGAUUCCUCUCUCUUGUCUGUGGUUAAUAUUUAGCUACUGUCAGCAGCUGGUUAACUUAGCUUAGCACAAAGGCUGGAAACAGGAAGAAACAGCUACCCUGGCUCUGCCCAAAAGUAACAAAAUCCACACACCAGCACGUCUAAAGCUCACUAAUUACUGGGUUAUAGCUCAUUAGUUUGAUCCGUACACAAAUCAAAGUGUUAAAAUUACAAUUACUUUGUUUAUUUGUUUACAAAGGUCAUGGGACUUUGAGUUUUAAAGGUGCUGGUAGGUUAGUUGUGUCAGUUUCCAGUCUUAAUGCUAAGCUACGCUUCGCAUUCUUCAUUGUAUCAAUCUUCUUAUCUAACUCUCUCUGCCAAGAAGGGUCAUUUCCUAAAAUGUCCCACUAUUGCUUUAAGGAUGCCUGCUUUCCUGAACCUCUCAGUGUGUGUGUGUGUGUGUGUGUGUGUGUGUGUGUGUGUGUGUGUGUGUGUGUGUGUGUGUGUGUGUGUGUGUGUGUGUGUGUGUGUGUGUGUGUGUGUGUGUGUGUGUGUGUGUGUGUGUGUGCGUGCGUGCGUGGUGGAGAGGGGAUGGGCUUGUGGAUUAAAAUUAAGGGGGGGUUAAAGAAAAAAGGAACCAACCUGAACCGUUUUAUUGAAACAUGUUUCUAAAUAUAAGUGUCAUGAAUCCUCAUAUGAAAUGGGAGCAAGACGGUGACAUCUUUAGCAAAGUUACAAUAUAAACAUGGUGCGCUGAAGUAAUUACUAUGUAAGUAGACGUGAACGGUUUUAUUCCAAAAUGAAAUAUCCAAUUUGGGAGGGCAGAAAUGUCUUAUGUUCUUUGCUCAGAAUUAAAAGAAAAAUGCAUCGUAUUACAUUAGAUCAUGUAAGCAAGAGUUCACUUCACAUGAAUAACCUCAAUGUUGUUUUCCUUUCUAACCAGCAGCAAGAAAAAAAAGCACCCAAAGGUUUUAAUGGAUAUCUCAUUUUGGAAAGAAACUCUUCAAAUAUACUUUAGUCAACAACAGUGUUGCAUUUUACCACACUCAGGAUUUUACUAUUACAGUGCUUUUACACCAUAUUGAAACCUCAGGUACAAAGCUAUUCAGGAACAUAUUGUCAGUCUACUCAGUAAAAGUUAUUGUGCUGUGUUUGCAUUUCUGAUCUGUAUUUGACAUUACCAGUUUGCCUUGACACAACGACCUCAUUUAAACCUCAGUUGUCCUCAGUUUCUUAAUCUCUCAUACUACCUCAGUAACACAACAUUUCUCCAGCAAAGUAACACUCCACUCCCUCAGCGGAAUACACACAUACACACACACACACACACACACACACAUACACACACACACACACAUACACACAUACACACACACACACACACACACACACACACACACACACACACACACACACACACACACACACACACACACACACACACACACGUGCAGAUAUACAACACAGACAGGCAAAGGGUUUUCAGGCCUACACACAGAAGCAGACGUCACACUCCAGCAGAGGAUUUUACUAUCGGUGUACAAAUAAAAGCAUCAGUGUCAUUUCUUUUAAAAAACUGUAUUUGUUAAAAGCUGAAGAGAGACUUGGUUUGUUCUCCUGGGAAAUACAAUGCAGCCAAUAGUUUACAACAAUUGAUAAAAUACUUGCUUUUUAGGGUGUAGUUCUUUAUGAAAUACUUGUUUUUUUGGGUCUGUUACUCCUUUCUCGUUUUUACUACAUCAUGUAUUUUCUCAUUCUUACACUGUAAAUUGUAUGUGUGACACUCUUAUUACGUGUGAUUUGAAAGGAAGGGCAGCAAAUAACCAUGCAGUGCUGAAAUACAUGGCAAGUUAUGGGAAACAACAAGACAACAGCACUAGAGUUAACUCGUAUGAAAAUUGCCAAUUGUGGAAUAUUGGUUAAUAAUAUUAAAUACUGUAUCAGUAACUCUGUCUUUGUUUUACCAAUUUAUGAGAGAAAAAAGGACCCACGUUGUUCUCCCCUUUCCUAUUUGGCUAUUAAAUAUGAGACUAUGACUUUUAGUGAACAGCGACCACUGUGUGUGUGACAGUAAUGAGUGAAUGGUAAAUGCAAAAGUAUUGUGUAAUGGAAGCGUGAGUAGAAAUGAGUUAUAAAGUGAGCAAACUGACUCAGUAACAUCGUUUGUUAGUAACAUUUACCAAGUGAGGCUUUUGCAGGAAAACCCCUAAUUGUGUUGAAUGAAGGGUGUAUUUUAUCGCUUUGUAAUUCAACUUUACAGUUCUUCUUUCAAAAGUCAAGUCCUGAAGCCAUGCACAUAGUUUUGGUUUUAUUUGGCCAUUUUUAAAUUAAGUGUUACUGAGACUAUAGUAAAAUGAAAAUGAAUGGAAUUCUGUUUGUGGUCACACUAUUGAAAAGAGAAACAAAUCUGCAUUUUAUCUGCAAUGAAUCGAUCAUAAUUUAGCAUAUUAACUCUGUACUCAUAUCCCGGCAGAAAAAUAUCCGUAUUUCUAUAGGUUACAAUUGUUUUGUUUUUAAAAAAUAAAGAGGUUUCUUGCCUCCAGUCUGCUUUUCAGACCUUGUUGAUCAGGAUUUCUGCACUAUUGCAAAUACUUCAAAUUACUCUUGCACUUAUUGUAAGUCGCUUUGGAGAGAAGCGUCAGCUAAAUGUACUGUAAAGUAACGUAAUGUACUCAAAUUGAGUUCCUGUGUCAUCACACAUGGUAACUUUUAUCCAACAUGAACUAUACAUCACUUACUAAUUGUUUAUUACAUGACUUAAUGACCUCCUAAAACAUGCUUAUUUUUUUAACAGUGAUAAAUUGUAUCCCGAUACUUUCAUGUAUUUCAGCAUUGUUGACUAAAUUGCUGCCAGAGGAGUUUAAUUGAUUUACAAAAGGUAUGUUUUCUUGUUCAACUGCAUUGACUUUACUUGUUUUGCCCUCUGGACUACCUCUAAAAACUCACAAGCCUCUGAGGGAAGUUUUUGGUUAGUCCCAUCUGACCUUUUCCAUCAGACCUGCAGCGAUGUGGAUCAAGUAAUCUUGAAAUAAUUGUCAAACUAGUACUGUUGUAGUCCACUCAUCUCAUCUCACUACAUUCAUGUCAUCAUAAUGAAUGGAAGUCAGCCUGAAGGGUGCCUCUUAAUUUAACUACAGCAUGGUCAAUGUUUAUUAUUUUACACGAGCUGUGUCUGGAUAUUUACUCUCUAUAUGGGGACAACGUUGUUCUGUGAUCUUACUGAUAGGGAUAUAUUUACAUACAGUACUUGAUCCAUUUUCAACUAUUGAAAAGUUGAAGUGUAACUUGAGAAAUCAUCUUUUAUGCCUUACGUUUAACACCAUUUUGUAGUUAUGUUAUUGAUGUGUCCUCAUCCACUUCAUUAAUACAACUCACAAACCUGUGAUAUAUAUUUUGUUAUGAUUCUUUACCAUGUGAUUUGUGUUAUUCUGCUUCUUUAUCGCUUAUCAAUAAAAUAUCACACCUA